GUUAUCAGGACGAUAAUAACCCUGAUAUAGUUAGUAGUGGUCAAUAGAAUAAACAUAAUUAUAAUAUACAACCUUUAGUAUUUAGUUGAACUUACUACAUUGUGGUUGAAGAGCAAAGAAAAAAAGUGGUGGUGGAUAUGGACAAAUGUUUUAUAAUUAGCAUUUUGUGGGCUUUAUGUGCUGUAGUGGCUGCUGCUCCUGAAGGUCGUAUAAUUGGUGGCCGAGAAAUUGAUGUUAUUAAACAUCCAUAUUUGGUAUCAAUACGUUAUAGAUCGCAACCAAAUGAAUCAUAUGUCCACAAGUGUGCUGGAGUUAUUUAUAGCGAACGUGUUGUGGUGACUGCAGCCCAGUGUGUGGUUGAUAUCAAGGACAAUGAAAAAGUAAUGGUAGUAGCUGGUGCCAAUUCACGCACUGGCCUGGAUGGCUUGCCAUAUCCCGCCUUAAAAUGGGUAUCACAUCCCAGUUACUCUUCCUGGACGGUGGACUAUGACAUUGGUCUGAUAGUGAUUGAUGAUGUUUUUGAUUUCGAACACAUGAAAAUUAAACCUAUUUCUAUCAGAGAGUCUCGUCCCAUAGAGGGCAAAGUAGGUACAGUUGCUGGUUGGGGUUAUCGUGAAGAAUUUGGUCCUUCUUCUUCGAAUCUCGAAGAGGUUCAAGUACCUAUUGUUGGCUCAGCUGACUGUAUAAAAUCGUAUGGUUUUGGUGAAGUAACGGAACGCAUGAUAUGUGCUGGUUUUUUGAAGACUGGUGGUAGAGAUGCCUGCCAGGGCGAUACUGGUGGUCCUUUAGUGGUGGAUAAUCAAUUGGUUGGUUUAGUGUCAUGGGGACGUGGUUGUGCUCGUCCAGGUUAUCCUAGUGUUUACACUUUUGUCAGUGCUUUGAAACAAUGGAUUGAUGAUACAAUUAUUGCUAAUGUUUUGUAGAUAUCUAAAUAUAUAAAUGAAAAUGUAAAUAAAAUUAAUUUUAAAAUAAUCAGUGAAAA